AGCAACAUCACUGUUCAUAUUUUUAUAAUUUACGAGUAUCUGGGAACGGAGUAUACUGACUUUUUAGUAAGAUUGACCAAACUAUACGAGACACAAUUCAUUAAGUUGUAAUGUUCUUGAUCAAACCUUCGCACCAUUUUUAUAUUGGUCAAAUGAAACGAUACAAUAAAAACAUCACAACCCAAGUUAGAACUAAUCAUUAUAAAGAACGUUUCAGCUGUUGAAAUCCAAUCAAGAGAGACUCAACACUGGCCCAGCAACUCUUUACUCUCACCCAGAAACUCUCUCUCUCUCUCUCUGUCGCUGAGCAAAAACCCCAAGUUGGGACGCACGCUGUAGCUCUCGCCCACAACGAGCCUUAACCAUCUUUCUUGCUUAGCUAUUGCUGUUUUAAUGGAGGGAAAAGACAGCUUGUUAGAUGUCAUCUAUGAAGAGGAUAACUUAGAAGGCAUUGAUGAUGUUGAGAUGCUCGAUGUUGAAGGAGGAGAGUUGGGGGAGCCCAAUUUACACAAUGAAAAGGGACAAAGCAGUGGUGGAGAUGUCAAUUUAGGAAUUCAAGGAUCUCAAAGUAAAAAUUGUGGGCUUUGUGCCAGAAAGAAAAAGAAUAGGAGAAAGAAGGGUGGCUCAAGGCCAGUUACAGACAUAAACAGGUUUGUGUUAGAUACGUGUAGGCGUUUGAAAGAGAGAAAAUCAUACAUGGUAUAUACAGCUGUAGGUUGUUUGGGAGUUUCUACAUUAAAUGAUCUCGUCAAAGAGGUGGAUGCAAUUCAGGCUUGUGGAGGUCAGAUGACUGCUGAUGGCAGCUGCUGUCGAAAUGGUGGUGGCAUGCUAUGGAAUAUCAUCAAAGCACAAGAACCAAAAGCCUACAAAGAGAUAAUGAAAAAAGUGCAAGAAUUUGAGAAGCAAUUCAAGCCACCAAAUAAUAGACGUGGAGGGGAGCCAAAGAAGGAGGGGGUUUCACCAGGAACCACCCAUUCAUUUGUGGAAGGUACUCCUGCCACUUUUUUCAGAUAAUUCCCAGCCAAUAUCUCAGAUGCAAAAUGAGCAGGCAAAUACUGGUAUUGAAUGAGCGUCUGUUCAUGAUAUCCUAAGGAUCCCAGUCUCUUAUGAUGAUGACCUUCUUGGAGAGGAUACAAAGGGUGAUGCAGCUUGAUUUUUGGAUCAUAGGAACUUUAUAUGGCUUGGUAUCGUAGGUUUCAUUCACAGAUGAGAUGCCAAAUUAUUGGUGAUAUUUAUGAUGCCAUAGAUGGAGUCAUGGAGCAAAAUGUUGAACCCAUUUCCAUUUGGGUGGGGAUGGGGGAUAUUCCUUUGUUUUGUAUAAGAGAGGCUGCCGUAGUAUUGAUGAUAUUGGAUUUUGUUUUAAAAGAAAAUUUCCAAUAGAAUCUCAAUUGAAGAAUGAUUCCUAAUCACCAUUUUUGUGAUGUAUUCAUUGUUUGUUAUAUCCCCACCGAGCCUUUUUAAUGGUGGAUUUAUUCAAUUGCUAUGAAUUUUUUUUUCGCA